AUGGACACAGCAAAUGUUGCAGCCUUGGCACUAUUGCCAACAGCAGAAGAAGAUAAAUGUCUGCUGAGAUGCAAGAGGUGGGCCACAGACCAGCACAUGCCAGCAGUAUCCCAGCUAGAAUCCGCGGAAGUGGACCGAGUGGGAAAAUGUCUCAGAAAAUGCCACAGGAAAGAGUUGCGCCAGGAAUUAGUUGGGAAGGGAGGCCUGAAAGGCUGGAAUGUGAGCGAGGAGGAGCAGUUCCAGGCCCUGGACUGGGCCUUUGAAACGGGUGUGGCUUACUCCAACAUGGCGUACGCAGACGGACACCUUUGGAUCCCACAGAGCGGCCUGUACUACGUCUACUCCCAGGUGGCCUUCUACCUGCCCUCGUGCCAGGAGCUGAGGGGGUGGGAUGCCAGGCCAGCUGCUACCGUCCUGACCCACAACGUCUACAAGAGGGCAGGCUCUUACCCCGAGCCCACCGUGCUGCUGACGGCCACCAAGUCAGUGUGUGAGGGUGGCACGGGGGACUGGCACAUCACCAUCAGUCAGGGAGCCCUGUUCGUCCUGCAGGAGAGGGACAGUCUCUUCGUCACCGUCAACAAGGUUGCCAUGGUGGUACACGUGGAGCAGAAGACUUUCUUCGGAGCGUUCAUGUUGUGACUGUGCG